GCCGGUGUGGGCCGGCCGAUAGCUCAUUCGGUCUUUCCGCCUCGCUGCCGCCGCCCCAAAAAUCCACCUGGGAAGAAGAAAAGAGGGGCCUCUUCUCCUCUCUCGCGUCCGAUGGCCUCGAGCCCGGGCGUCGGCGGCGGAGGGGCGGACGGGGGCGUCGGGGAUGGACCGACGACGCUGGACGAGCUGUACCACAUCAACGUCGUGCCUGCCGAGCUGCACUUCAAGUUCCGCAAGGAGCUCCAGGGCCUCCGCGUCGGCCUCAACUUCGAGUUCUACAAUCUAGAGGUGAAUGAUUUUGAGGCAAAGGUAGUUCUGAAGCCCCUGGACUUCGACCGGAAGUGGAAGUUCCAAUACAAGCCCAUCAGCGGUGACAUACAGCUACUCUCCAAGAAGAUACCAGUCACAAGAUAUCUCAACCUUCAGGUCGGCAUUGGUCACAAUUUCCAACUGAAGGCAACUGGAUGGAAGUGGAAGCUCUCUACUUGCUUGGGGGGAGAUGGUGUUUCUCAGAUAAGAAACAAAUCAAAACUCAACCUGUUUCCAGGGUUUGAUCUGAGGCUCGGCUGGAAAGCUGAAUAUGUUCUUCCUGAGAUUCAUGGGGCUGUUGGCACAGGAGAACCUGCCUUCAGUAUGAACUAUGGACGAUUGCAAGCAUCCAUAGACCGUGUUGAGGCUAUUGUGACCCAAUCAGAUCGGUGCUGAACCUCCUAGGAUGAGAAGCACACCUGGACAGUGAUGUUGUUAUGGCCGCGAAGCGAGGGAGUUAUUCAACUGCAACUAUCUCAGCAAAAUCUCAUGGUUGUUUAUUAGUGUCUUUUGAGGCUUUGCAUCUGAUGUACAGAAAUGAGCAAACUUUAUUUUAAUGGAGUUUCUCCGGACCGUUUUGCAGCAUUCUUGUUUUGAAGAGCAUAAUGAACGGUGCUCUUGCUGCUUGUGGUUGGCACA